AUGACAAAAUUAAGUAAAACUUUGAUCCUUCACAUGACCAGUUAUCAUACUUACAUGUAUAUGUAAAUGUUUCCCCACAACAAUGAUCUACCUGAUUAUCUCAGCCAAUCUAGUUAAAACAUUGUUGAAGUGACCCACUGAUGUACCCAAUUUCUGACAUACUUGCUUUACUACCUUCAAAAGUAGUAUCCAGAGAUAAUAGAAAUUUUAAAAUUAUGUCUUGAAUUAUAUAAAAGGAUACAAAACCAAUAGAAAUUUAGACAGGAAGGAAUUUACUAAAAUGGCUUCUAAUUUCAGUGGAUCACUAACACAAGACUCUGAUGAAAUUAAAGAAAUGUAUUGUGAGGAAUGUGACAGACAUGGUGAUGGUUAUGCUACAGCUGUAGCUUUCUGUGUAGAAUGUGUGGAUUAUUUAUGUGUGACAUGUCUUAGAUAUCACAAAAGACAAUUUAAAACUCACAAAAUCCAAGACCAUAACAAUAUGCCACAGGAUUUUUAUUUUCAGAAAUGUUCCACUCACCCUGGACAGCUGGUCAAGUUUUACUGCAUCGAGUGCAAUAAAGAAGCCUGUCAGGAAUGCAAGGAUAAUGACCAUGUAAACUGCAGUGAUGUCAACCAUUUACCAACCCUUGCCUCAGACAUACAAAAAAGUGAUGAACUAAUAAACUUUAGCAAAAAUAUGGAUCAAUUGUCAAAGGAUAUAAAAGACACAGAAAAGGUGUUAAAUGCUAAAAGUGAAGUGAUUAAGAAACAAGAGGAAAAUGCAACUGAUACAUGCAUAGAGCAUAGCAACAAACUGAUAGCAACUUACAAACAACAACAUCAAGAUCUAAUUGAUGAAUUUGAUAAGAAAAUGGAAGAGACCAUUGCCAGGUUGAAGAAAGAAAGGUUAGAACUACUUCAAAAGGUAUCUGAAAAGAAAAGAAAAUUUGAAGAAAAAGUAAGACAAGCUGAAACAGAUAUAAAAGAAGAGGUUGUUAGCACAAACCCAAACUUUAAAAAACUCAAGUCUGAACAUUUGAAUUUGGUUGGAAAUUUAAAAGCUCUUACUGUUGAUAUAGAGCAGGCUCAGAAAUUAGGAAAAAACUGUGAACUGUUUAUAAAACUCAAGUUAGCGAAACAAAUGUGUAAACAUAUUCAAGUUACUUCUGACCAAAUUCAACUUUCCUACAUACAACGAUACAAACUAAAAGAAUCUGACAUUCAACCAACAAUACAAUCUCUAGAGGAUCAAACAAGGUUUUUCUCAUUUGAUGAAGUACGUGUAUCAGCUGUAGAGAAAAAGAUUACAUUUAAUUUUGAUAUCAAUCAUGAGUUUGGAAGUAUAACUUCUUUACUUGUGCUAUCUGAACAUAGACUUCUUACAUCAAAUUAUAAUAGGCGUAGUCUAGUCAUAUUUACACUUGAAAAGUCAAAGGCAGAAUAUUUAAAAGAAACAAAUUUUAACACUUCUCCUCGGGGAAUAACAAAAGUUUCAGAUAAUAAAGUUGCAGUCACAUUUCCAGAUGAAGAAAUGAUCAGACUGAUUACAUUUUCUGAGGAAAUGGACGUUUUAGAUACCACUGAGAUACCAGGACAUGGUUGUUGUUGUGACAUUGCUUACAGUAAUAACCAUCUUGUUGUUUCAUAUUACAAAUCCUUUACAGGUAGUAUUAAGAUUUUAAGUAUGUCAGGUAAAAUAGUGAAAUCAUUUGACAGAGAUGACAAUGAUCAAAAUCUGUUUACCUAUCCUCAGUACUUGACGGUCAGUCCUGACAAUUCUAUGAUAUAUAUCUCAGAUAGUGGCAGAAACAUUGUGACCUGUUUGACAUCUGAUGGUAAAGUGAAGGCUAUCUACAAAGAUGAUCAACUGAAAUAUCCUCAACAACUUGCUGUUGAUGAAUAUGGAUCAGUUUAUGUGUGUGGUCAUGACUCAAACAAUGUCCAUCAAUUAUCACACGAUCUCAUCAAAGUGAAGAUACUGAUAGAUGAAAGCCAUGGCAUACUUGGACCAAAAAGUAUUGCAUAUUGCCAGCAUACCAAGAGAUUAUUUGUGGGAAUGUAUAGAAAUUGUAAAAUUAAGGCCUAUAAUGUAACACUCAAGAAUAAAUUAUUAAAUCAAUUUCAGUCUCAUUAAUUCCAAUUUCUCAUAUUGCUAUAUAAUAAAUAAUCUCAGAGACUUAGUUAUGGAUAUGUUAUGAGCUGUUUAAAUUUCCUGCUAUUUGCUAUUACAGUUUAUUCCUUUUAUUUAUUUAUUUUAUUUUCAAUAGUUCAGCAUUACGCCUAGUUAGUGUUAAACUAAAAUUUAUUACCUAAAUUGUUGUAUGAAUAAAUAAAAUUGAGAUCUAGUCAUGAU